GUUAAAUCCUCAUUCUCUCUCUCUCUCUCUCUCUCUCUCGUUCUCUUUCCUUUCUCGCUUCUGCAAAGUGUGAAUCCCCAAAAAAGAAGAAUUCAGGUUAAAGAAAUAUUCUCUGUUAACGGAAUAUUGAAAACCCUUGCUCAAUUUGAGCGCCAUGGACAAGGGGUCUCAAACUACGGCAGCGGUGGUGGCGACGACGACGACGACGACGUCGAAUUCCAGUGCUUUCUCGUUCAUUUCGAAAGGGUGGAGAGAGGUCCGUGACUCGGCCGACGCGGAUUUGCAGCUUAUGAAGGACCGAGCCAACACGUUCAAGAAUCUCGCGGCGAGUUUUGACAGGGAAAUUGAGAACUUAAUACAAUCCGCGACUCCAACUUUUUCGGUACCAGCGAUCCGGCAAUCAUCGGAAAUUGACUUCAUGAAGAAGUUGCAGCCUAAGAUAUCGGAGUUCCGGAGGGUUUACUCGGCGCCGGAGAUUAGCAGGAGAGUGAUGGAGAAAUGGGGGCCGAGAGCGAAGUUAGGGAUAGACUUGUCAAGGAUAAGGAGCGCGAUUGUGGCGGAGGUGGACGAGACCGAGGAAGAGGAUAUGUAUGGAAUUGUUGAAUUUAAUAAGUUUAAGAAAGGUAGGAGGGCGAGGUUUACAGAGGAAGGGCAAUUUGGGGAUUGGGAACCAAUUCGGGCGUUGAAGACAAGGUUAAGGGAGUUUGAGAAGAAAAAUGCGUCGGUGGAAAUUUUUGGCGGGUUUAAGAAUAGUGAGUUUGUGGAGAAAGUUAAGUCCAGUUUGAAAGCAAUAAUCAAGGAGCCUCAGGAGUCAAAGGAUGUACCCGCACUAGAUGUACCUGAACUUUUAGCAUAUCUGGUCAGGCAGUCUGGGCCUUUUUUGGAUCAACUUGGCGUCAGAAGGGAUCUAUGUGACAAGAUAGUUGAAAGCUUGUGUAGCAAACGGAAGAACCAACUUGUUUUGCGCUCCCUUGCUGAAGGAGAACCCCCUACAGUUGAUGGUGAUAAGAUAAAUGAUGAACUUGAUUUAAGGAUAGCCAGUGUUCUUCAAAGUACAGGGCAUUGUUAUGAGGGUGGCUUUUGGACAGACUUUGUAAAGCAUGAUGUCUCAGACGGGAAAAGACAUGUUGCCAUUGUUACAACUGCCAGCCUUCCAUGGAUGACAGGAACUGCUGUAAAUCCACUUUUUCGGGCAGCAUACUUGGCCAAAUCGGCAAAACAAAAAGUCACUCUCUUGGUUCCGUGGCUUUGCAGAUCUGAUCAAGAACUUGUUUAUCCCAACAAUCUCACUUUUAGUUCACCAGAGGAGCAGGAGAACUAUAUACGUAACUGGCUUGAAGAAAGGACUGGAUUUAAAGCUGAUUUUAAAAUCUCCUUUUAUCCAGGAAAGUUUUCAAAAGAAAGGCGAAGCAUAAUACCUGCUGGAGAUACUUCUCAGUUUAUCCCAUCAAAAGAUGCUGAUAUUUGUAUUUUGGAAGAACCAGAACAUCUGAACUGGUAUCAUCAUGGUAAACGCUGGACCGACAAAUUCAACCAUGUUGUUGGUAUCGUCCACACAAAUUACUUGGAAUAUAUUAAGAGGGAGAAGAAUGGUGCUCUACAAGCUUUUCUUGUGAAACACAUCAACAAUUGGGUCACCAGAGCGUAUUGCCACAAGGUUCUUCGUCUUUCCGCUGCAACUCAGGAUCUACCAAAAUCCGUGAUUUGCAAUGUUCAUGGAGUAAAUCCAAAGUUUUUGAAAAUUGGGGAGAAAGUUGCUGAAGAAAGGGAGCUUGGGCAGCAAGCCUUUUCUAAAGAAGCAUACUUCUUAGGCAAGAUGGUCUGGGCAAAAGGAUACAAAGAGUUGAUAGAUUUGUUGGCAAAGCACAAGAAUGAUCUUGAUGGUUUCAAGUUGGAUGUGUAUGGAAAUGGUGAGGACGCACAUGAAGUUCAGAGUACUGCUAAGAGGUUGAAUCUGAACCUUAAUUUUCUGAAAGGAAGGGACCACGCGGAUGAUUCUCUUCAUGGGUACAAAAUCUUCAUCAACCCCAGUGUCAGCGACGUGCUUUGCACAGCUACUGCAGAGGCACUUGCUAUGGGGAAAUUCGUAGUAUGUGCAGACCAUCCUUCGAAUGAGUUCUUUAGGUCAUUUCCCAACUGUCUGACUUACAAAUCAUCUGAAGAUUUUGUUGCUAAAGUAAAGGAAGCAUUGGCAAAUGAGCCUCAACCCCUUACUCCCGAGCAAAUAUACAACCUGUCGUGGGAGGCUGCCACCCAAAGAUUUGUAGAAUAUUCAGAGCUUGACAGAGUUUUGAAUAACAGACAUAAUCCAGCAAAAGUGGGAUCGAAAAUAAUUGCAAAAUCAUCGUCAUUGCCAAACCUUUCAGAGAUAGUUGAUGGGGGUUUAGCAUUUGCCCACUACUGUCUUACAGGAAACGAGUUGCUUAGACUUUGCACCGGGGCAAUACCUGGUACACGGGAUUACGACAAGCAACAUUGUAAAGACCUUCAUCUCUUACCACCACAAGUGGAAAAUCCUAUCUAUGGCUGGUAAGUCAAUAUAAUAACUGUAUCGACAAUCCUGUGCAUAAUAGUUGUAGGAGGCUGCCAACCAUGUUUGUUAGUCUUUUUUGCUUAAGAAGACAGGUGUGAGAUAUAUUCAGACAGUAUCCUAUGAGUUUUGUUGUCUUGUUCUGUUUUUAUUGCUGUUCUCCUUUGUAUUAAUGCUUAGAAAUAGAUAUCAAAAUAUUUUUAAUAUAGGAAAAACCAAACAAUCCUUUGCUGUAAGUAACAAUGUUUUAGGUGUCGGCAUAAGCUGGUAAUAAAAUGGUGGCAGUUAUUCCUUUA